AUUUGAAUAAAACCUUUUAAGUCACGAGGUUAAACUUAAUUUCAGCAUUCGCAUCUAUGUAAUUAACAGAACUGGAACACAUGAAAUUACGAUUAGCAUCCUAAUAAAUCGUCGAAACGGUGUGCCUAAAAUACGCGCCCUGCUGUCGUUUGUUGUUGUUUUGAAAGAAAUCGUUCAGAAGAUCCGGUUAGCGGAACUCCAGCCCUGUAACAGGUUUACAUUCGCUUUCUCUACAUCACUUCCGCGUACUUCUCGAUUUAUUAGCUAGACUGUCACAUACAGGCGGGAGAUUCAGAAAUGGCUCUUUCUGUUUGAGUACUCCUCGUGUCAAGUACAGAAAUAUACAAAUUAUUCCAGACAUCUCGGUCGUUGACAGGUAUGCAGUCAAAUAUGCAACUGUUGUGUUUAACGCCAGCAAAACGUUUAUGGAAUGAAUGGAGCCGUUGAACUUUCUAACGACUGAAGAGUUGCUGUUUUUUCUCCACCGGAAAAAGACGGAAAUUUCGUGCAUCGAGCAACCGCACAGAUUCCUCACUCAGCUGCGAGACCACGAUCUGGUGCCGGAGAAACUUUUUGAGAAUGUGAAAAAGAAGCGUUCUCGUGAGCAGAAGAAGGACGUCUAUAAGGUUCUGGACUGGGUGGAGAAAAAUAAACCACAGUACAUACAUCAGUUCUGGCGCUGUGUGUUUGAAGACCAUAUCCUGCAGCUCUACCCGACGCUACGCAUGCUCAGAAAAAGUCUGCUGGACGGCACUUUCAAACUCUAUGAGAAACAUCCGGAUGUUGAGACUCCAGCAGAGGAGGAAGAGAGUGAAGGAAAGGCAGAGAAAGGGAAGGAGAACAACUACAAAAGAAAGAGAAGUAAAGAUGAUAGAAGUAGUGAGGAUAAUGAUGAUCCUGAUCCUUCCUCUGCUUCCACACCCAGUCGGAAGAAACCAGGCAAAAAACCCUCAUUCUCAUCUCUUGUGAAGAAAGGAGAAAAUCAGGAGAUUUGGAAGUGGCCUAUUUAUAAAACUCAUCUGCCUGUAACCUGUGGGGAUAAAGAAGGCACUCUCUAUCGGGACAAAAUGCCCAGAGUAGGGGAAAAGUGUAUUUUGUCUCAGGGGCGCUGGUUCACCCCAAAUUAUUUUGAAAAGUUUGCGGGGAAGGAAAAGUGCAAAAACUGGAAACUCAGCAUCCACUGCAGAAACACACCACUUAAGAAACUCAUAGAGGAGGAACAUCUUCAGUGUCCACCGAUGGAGAGAAGAAAGAGAACAUGUGUGUGCUCCAGUGAAGAAAAUGAUGCUGAAGAUUUCCAGGAACAGGGAUGGAGAGGAGGAGGAACAGAGAUCAGAGGGAGAGUUGAGGAAGAAGACAUGGCAGAUCUGUCUGUUUUCCAGGAUCCUUCUUUACCAGUCACCUGUGUUUCACUUACUGGGACUUUAUACAAAUACAGGUUUGCAACAGGGAUACGUGGGAAGUGUAUACGUACUGAGGAAAGAUGGUUCACUCCGGAGGAAUUUGUAAAGCAGGAACCAACUAUCACUGAUGGACACUGGAAGAAAGAUAUAGUGUGCCGUGGAAAAACGCUCAACUUUUUACUCAAGAAAGAAAUCCUGCUCAAACAUUUACUUCUAUGUGACUGUCAGAAAUGCAGCAUUAAAAAGGAAGACCUGAUGGCACAGAACAAUGAUGACGAGUGUUACGUGUGUGACUCUGAGGGACAUCUUGUGUGUUGUGACGAGUGUCCACGAGCUUUUCAUUCACACUGUCACCUACCAGCUGUACACGGAGACUCACCUGGGGAAUGGAUUUGUACCUUUUGCGUGUUAAGAACCAGUCAACAAUGGCGUGACUCCAGUAACAUGUCUGAACAAGAGGCUUUCGGUGCCCCAGUGUCUCAAUACAGAUUGCACUGCCACUACCUCCUGUUAUGUGUGUACAGAGAGGACAUCCAGAAGGUGUUUGUUAAGGAUCCACGGCCAACGGUGCCCAGAUACUCUGAGUUCAUAUCUCAGCCGAUGUGGCUGGACAGAAUAAAGCAGAAGUUGGAAAGUGGAGAGUAUCAGACGGUAGGAGCAUUCGUCUCAGACUUUCAGCUCAUUUUCAGCAACAGCAGCACGUUCAAUAGGGACAAUGUGUUUGGCCGAAUGGGUGCCAGGCUGAAGGAAAUGUUCGAGGAAGAGUUCCAGAAAAUCUUCAGUAUCCAAUAACAACUCUCUUUUACGUUUUUUAAAGAUACAAUUGAGAUCUGGAUAUCUUUGAAUAUUCAUUAGAGUUCAUUUUAAUAAUGUAUAAGAUGUAUAAAAUCUUUUAUUUUGCAGUCCUGCAAAGGACAAGUGGUUUGGAGAAUGGAUUGGUUACUGAUGGCAAUUUGAUUAUGUCAGUACAGAAGAUCUGCUACUAUCAGUUUUUUCUCCUACUCCAUACAGAUCUUAAUCACUGUCAGUGUUCAAGUACCUUAAAGGUGAAGGGUGCCAUUUCUGUAAUUCCAAGAAUAAUGAUUGUUUUAAAUAGGUUCCUAAACAAUCCGACCACCCUUUCUGACCUGCCCCGUCUUUUAUUGCUCAAAAAACAGGCAGCCCCACAGCCAAACACACAGCAUUAGAAACAUUACAGAGCCAUA